ACAACAAGUAUCUAAGGAGUACUUCUUAAUUAAAAAAAAAUAAAAAAAAUCACAAUCUGUCAUUGCCACAAACAACGUUAUAAUCGAGGUCUCUCUCCUCCAGCUAGCUCGAAUCUUCCAUCUUCGAUUUCACGAGCAAGCAUAAACUUAAACCACUCCAUUAAGCUUUCUCUCAAAACCAAACCACACUUUAAACCAAAUCCACUACAUUACCGCCACAACAACCAUCAAACAUUCACUCAAACCAAAAACAUGUCUGUCGCAUGUGGUGUAGAGUGUGUUGUAGUCUUCGGCUGCGCACGUUGGCUAUGGAAACGCUGCACGUACAUCGGCUCCUACGACAGCGCCACGUGGCCAUCCGCCACCGCAGUCGAAUUCGAACCGGUGCCACGUGUCUGCCGAAUCAUCCUCGCUAUCUACGAACCCGAUCUCAAGAAUCCUCAGCAUUUCCAGCCUGCAAACGGGUACCGUUUGAAUCCCGACUGGGUCGUGAAGCGCGUGAGUUAUUUAGAAACUGAAGGUCACGCGCCUCCGUAUAUAAUCUAUGUCGAUCACGAGCAUCGCGAGAUUGUGAUGGCGGUGCGUGGACUUAACUUAGCUAAGGAGAGUGAUUAUAAGCUUUUGUUGGAUAAUAAAUUGGGGAGACAGAUGUUUGAUGGUGGUUAUGUUCAUCAUGGUUUGUUGAAAUCUGCGGUUUGGUUGUUGAAUAAGGAAUCGGAGACGUUGAAGAAGUUGUGGGUGGAGAAUGGUUGUGAGUAUGGGAUGGUUUUUGCGGGACAUUCGUUGGGGUCUGGUGUGGUUUCUUUGUUGAGUAUUCUUGUUGUGAAUCAUAGGGAACUUUUGGGUGGGAUUCCGAAAGAGAAGAUUAGGUGUUAUGCUAUUGCUCCUGCUAGGUGCAUGUCGCUUAAUUUGGCUGUUAAAUAUGCUAAUCUCAUUCAUUCCAUUGUGUUGCAGGAUGAUUUCUUGCCAAGAACAGCCACUCCAUUGGAAGAUAUAUUCAAAUCAAUAUUCUGCUUGCCUUGCUUAUUAUUCUUGGUUUGCUUGAGGGACACCUUCAUACCUGAGGGUCGAAAGCUAAGAGAUUCAAGGAGACUAUACGCACCUGGACGAAUGUACCAUAUUGUGGAAAGAAAAUUUUGCAGAUGUGGGAGAUUUCCUCCUGAAGUGAGGACUGCUAUUCCUGUUGAUGGAAGAUUUGAGCAUAUUGUCUUGUCCUGCAACACAACAGCGGAUCAUGCAAUUAUUUGGAUAGAGAGGGAGGCAGAGAAAGCCUUACAAUUAAUGAAGGAUCAAGAUAGCACCAAAACUGUGACAGUCCCACCAACGGUACAAAAGUUUGAGAGAUUGAAGACAUUAGAAAAAGAACAUAAAGAUGCUUUGGAAAGAGCUGUUAGCUUAAAUGUACCUCAUGCAGUGGACACUGCAGAGAAAGAACCAUCUGAAAACAAUGAAGGUGAGGCAGCAUCCACUAGUAAUGGUGACAGAGAAGCCGAAGCCGAAGCUGCUGCCUCAAGUACUGAAUCAAAACCAAGUGGUGGAAGAUUAAACUGGGAAGAGGUUGUUGAAAGGCUAUUGAAGAAAAGUGAAACAGGAAACAAACAUAUUGAAGAGGAUACAAAUGUCCCACAUUGACAUCUUCAUGUUUAGGUUAGACAUCAACUCAACAACAAUUAAUAUGUUUGGUUCUUUUGUAUCUUAUAGGCAUUCUUGAGUUUGUAAAUUUAGAUGUAAAAAAGAUAGUUACAUUUGCUACAAAUAAUUAAGAGAGGUGCUAUUCCAAUUGGUUUUGUUGUGAUAUUAUUAAUGUAAAACUUGAGAUUUUAUUUGUAUAUUUGUGAAAUUGACAUGGAUUGAUUGAUACAUUAUUUUCAUGUUAUGAAAUGGUCAAUUUUCAGUUGUGGAUGUUUA